UUUCUCAAUAGUUGUCAGAGCCUCGGGUCACUCACUAGUCGUCGUGAGGCAUCCUCCACUCCCUUUCUUUCUCUCUGUCUCCCUGUCCUCCACCUUCUCAGGCUCCAGCAUCCUUUUUUGCAAAGGCUGAGAAAACCGUGGACCACGAAGCCGUUCGCAUAUUUGAGGUUGUUUGAGCUCUUUAUUUUUUGCCUGAGUGAGGCAGGAAAACAAACGCGAGUCUUUUCUCCUCAAAAGUUCUCUAACCAAACUCCGACCAUGUCCGGCGAAGACGCACCUGCCCAGCAGCAAAACGCCGAGGAGCAGAAGCAGCCGCAGCAGCAGGAGACCAAGACGCCCGCCGAGUCCCCAAAAACCGAGAGCAAACCAGACCCACCGCCCACCAGCGCGUCCACCGAGGCCGCUGCUGCCGCCGCCGCCGACGCCGACACCCCAGCGCCCGCCGCCGAGAAAGCCCCAGAGGAGGACACUUUCAGCUACAGGGCUCUGGUGCUCACCGGUUACGGCGGGUACGAUAAGGUAAAGCUCCAGGUGAAGAAGGGGAAACCGGUGCUCAAGAGCGGCGAGGUGAUGGUGCGCGUGAAAAUGUGCGGGCUGAACUUCGCCGAUCUGAUGGCGAGACAGGGACUGUACGACCGACUCCCGUCCCCGCCGGUGUCCCCGGGCAUGGAGUGCUCCGGGAUCAUCGAGGCUGUCGGUGAAGAUGUGACUGACAGAAAGGUGGGUGAUAAGGUUCUGGUUCUGAAUCGCAGCGGUCUGUGGCAGGAAGUAGUUGUGGUGGCGACCACACACACCUUCCUGAUGCCCGAGGGCAUGAGCUUUGAGGAGGCGGCGGCACUUCCUGUCAAUUACAUCACCGCCUACAUGAUGCUCUUCGACUUUGGGCACCUGCGUCCCAACCAGAGCAUACUCGUCCAUAUGGCCGCAGGUGGAGUAGGCAUCGCUGCCACUCAAUUGUGUAAAACGGUGAACGAUGUCACAGUGUUUGGCACCGCCUCAGCCAGCAAACACGAGGUCAUCAGCCAGGGUGGAGUCACGCACCCCAUCGACUACCGGACACGUGAUUACGUAGAGGAGAUCCGUAAAAUAAGCCCCAAAGGGCUGGAUAUUGUUCUGGAUCCUCUGGGAGGCUCUGACACCCAUAAGGGCUACAACCUACUGAAGCCAAUGGGGAAGCUCAUCAGCUACGGUGCCGCUAACAUGUUGGCGGGCCAGAAGAAGAACCUGUUUGCAGUGGCUAAGACCUGGUACCAGCAGUUCUCCGUUCACACCCUGAGUCUGAUCCAAGGGAACCGCUCGGUCUGCGGGUUUCACCUGGGCUACCUGGACUCUGAGAGUGAGCUCAUUGCUCAGGCCAUGGCGGUCAUUAUGGACCUGUACAAACAGGGCAAGAUCAAGCCCCGAAUUGACUCCACCUACCACCUAGAGCAGGUCGGUGAUGCCAUGCGUAGGAUGCAAGAGAGGCACAACAUCGGUAAAAUCAUCCUCACCACCGAGCCCAUGAAGGAAGAGGAGAAGAAAGAGGAGGCCAAGAAAGAUGAGGAGAAGAAGAAAGACGACAAGAAAAAGGACGACAAGAAGAAAGACGACAAGAAGAAGGACGAGGCCAAGAAGGAGGAGAAAAAAGAGGAGAAGAAGAAAGAAGAGACCAAGAAGGAAGAGACCAAGAAGGAUGACAAGAAACCAGAAGAAAAGAAGGAAGAAGCCAAGAAAGAGGAGAACUGAGGGGAGAGAAACAUUGUGGAUGUGCUUUGUGUCUGUGUCAGCGGUUUGGGAGUGGUCUGUGUGUGUGUGUGUGUGUGUGUCUUGUGUGUGAAUGGAGGGGUGUAUAGUGUAAUUAGCUUAAGCCCAGGUGAUUCUUAACAUUAGAUCAGAUCUGCAUUUCUGCGAUCAUUCAAUCAGCAGAAUUCACAGACCACUUAUGCACACACACACACACACACACACACACACACACACACACUGUACACCAAGGGAACACACCACUUUAUUGUUCUGUUGUAACCCGGUAGUAUUUAUUCACAGUUUUGUUGCAUCCUUUCUAACUCUUUCUUAUGACUGCACGCCACCGAGGCGUGUUAGGGCAGUAUUAUCCUUUUUAUAAAUCUCACCACAGUGUUUACUCAACCAAUGUCUUUAAUUAUAUAACAAAUAACCUUAUUCUGCACCCUUUAAAAUUGUACUACCAUAUCCUCUAACAAUAUUCCUGCCAAACUAAUGCACUAUAAAAUUAUUGUAUUCCACCGAAAUAUUAGUUAUCUUUUUAGACGCAAACCAAAAACAACCUUUUUCGCUCUCUACACCCCUCUGUGUGUUUGUGUAUCCGCUGUGAAACUGGGUUUUCCGUUCUCUUUUCGUUUCUGUUCUGAAGUGGAUGCGUUUGUUUGAUUUGUCGUACAUCAUCAAUAGUGAAAGAACUUUUUUCCUGCCCACCUUGGCACACAAAACAAGAGCACCCACCUACA